CAACUAACCAGGCUAAAGUUAGCCAACGAGCUAACGACCUGUGAACGAACCACACCGAACUAUUUGGUUUUUAACGGGGGAUAAAAAUGGUGAAACAGACGAUACAGAUAUUCGGUCGCAUUAAACCCAAUAAGAAAACUGCGGCGGUGUACUCCGUGGACAGUGAGGAACAGACAGGUGCUUCUCUGGAGUUUGUGGUGCCCAGGGACUUGGCUGAUGGCUUUGUUAACAACAAGAGGGAAUGCUACAAAUUCAGGUUCCAAAGGGUGUUUGAUCAAGCCACCAAACAAGAAGAGAUAUUUGAACACAUUGCCAAACCAGUAGCAGACAGUGUGUUGGCCGGCUAUAAUGGCACCAUAUUUGCGUAUGGCCAGACAGGAAGUGGGAAGACCUUUACCAUCACAGGAGGAGCCGAGCGUUACAGUGAUCGGGGGAUUGUUCCUCGGACCCUGUCCUACCUGUACGAACGCUUCAGUCAGGACAGCAACAUGGUUUAUACCACAAACAUCUCCUACCUGGAGAUCUACAAUGAGAUGGGAUAUGACCUUCUGGAUUCCCGACAUGAAGCAUCUCGACUGGAGGACCUACCAAAAGUAAUGGUCAUGGAGGAUCCAGAUCAGAACAUCCACCUCAGGAACCUGUCAAUGCAGCAGUCAGCCAACGAGGAGGAGGCUUUGAAUCUGCUCUUCCUGGGGGACACCAAUCGUAUGAUUGCAGAAACUCCCAUGAACCAGGCUUCCACUCGCUCGCACUGUAUUUUCACCGUGCACUUAUGCAGACGUGAGCCUGGCUCAGCCACCGUGCGGCGAUCCAAGCUCCACCUAGUGGACCUGGCUGGCUCGGACAGAGUUAGCAAGACUGGUCUAGACGGGCAACUGCUUACAGAGGCCAAGUAUAUCAACUUGUCCCUCCACUACUUAGAGCAGGUGAUCAUAGCAUUGUCGGAGAAGAAUCGCUCCCAUAUUCCCUACAGAAACUCCAUGUUAACAUCUGUUCUGAGGGACAGUCUCGGGGGCAAUUGCACGACCACCAUGAUUGCCACUUUGGCAGUUGACAGAAGAAACCUUGAUGAGUCCAUCUCUACGUGCCGCUUUGCUCAGCGUGUGGCUCUCAUCAAGAAUGAGGCGAUAUUGAAUGAAGAACUGGAUCCUGCCCUGCUGAUAGCACAUUUGAAGAGAGAGGUCCAGUCACUGAAGGAAGAGCUGGCCAUGGUAACAGCAGAGCAGAGAGAUGACCAGCUAACUGAGGAGGAGAUCCAGAAGUUGGAAGAGCAAGUCAAGGCUUUUCUAGAUGACACUGAUCCAGACUUCACACUGUCAUUAGGACCAGACAUGAGAAAAAUCCAGUACUGUUUCUCCCUGUUGAAGAAUAUGAUUCUGGACAAACAAGGCAGAAGAAAUAGGAAUAGCAAUGGACAAGAGUCACCAGUGGCAACAGGGACGCAAGAAGAAAAAGAAGAAAAAGAAGAAAACAGCCACCACAGUGCAGCAGAAGUGGACAAAUUAAAGGAGAUGCUUCAGCAACGGGAUAAUGAGAUCAGUAUCCUAGUUAAGAUGUUGAAGAAGGAGAAGAAAAGCGCCGCGGAUGCUGCUGCUCAGCUCGCUAGCAUCCCCACUGACCAGAGGGCGUCCACAAUGCCACUGAUGAAAGAAGGAAGCGUGGAUGCUGCUUCAGUAAACCAUGGUGGACGGGCUACACAGCACAUGCAGAGAGGUCCACAGCUGUCUAUGGGAAAAAAAGAGGCCUUUGAGACCUUCAUAAGGGACCACAAGGACAAUCUGACCAUCGAAGACAACAAGAGUCUACUCAAACAGAGAUCCGCUGAGACCAGACGACUGAGAGAGCAACUGAAUGAAUCCAGAGACAGAAUCACUGAGUUGAAGAAACAGCUAGAGAUGCGGAGGAGACAGAGAGCAGCUCACGGUGUCAUGGGGAAUCACACAGACUCUGAGGAGGAGUACGACCCUGUGGAAGAAAACCUGCGCAAACACAUCGAGCAAGAAAAGUUGGCCUACAAGAGCACCAUUGACCAUCUUAAAGCACUGAGGACAGAGAUUGAACAUCUGCAGCUGUUGUUGGAAAGGGCAAAGAUCAAACUCCACAAGGACUUCCAUCAGUGGUGGAGCCAGGAGGCUUCUAGUUUACAGAAAUCUGAGUCAGGGGCCACAGCCAGAUGUCCCAUGGGGUCAUCAAAUGGAACCUUGCAGCCAUCCUCACCCGGCACUCCAGGAUUUCGUCCUCCUGCUCUGAGCAGUACUAUGAGAGACUCUCCAUCAGGCCAAGAUCCACAUCCAGACCGUCCCAGUUCCUCUGGUCAAGAGAUCAGAAGCAUCACUCCCAGAAGUGUACCAGCCUGGAACAACAUUUCCCUGGAUGGAAAAGUGAGCGACUCCACUAAUUUCUCUGAGUGGAGGACCCUUGCCACCUCCACGAUCUCAUCCUCCUCUAUUCCACUGACUGGAGACCAGCAAACGGAUGCUGACAUUCUGGCUUUUGUCAGAGCCAGGCAAAAUCUCCUCAGCAGGACAGGCCCGCCUUAACAGUGAUACUCAGUUCUGAGAAAGGCUCUGACAUGUGACUGCUUGUUCAACCUUCAUACCUGCCAGGUGAAAGAAUGAUCCAAAUGUGCAUUCGAUUUGUGCCAAAAGGACUCCACACAUGCAGUCCUGUUCUCUCUCUCUCUGUCACGUGCACACACACACACACACACACACACACACACACACACACACACACACACACACACACACACACACACACACACACACACACACACACACACACACAAAACACACACAUCACACUUAUUGACUUCCUGGAGAGGAUACCAGUGAUAUUACAGGCAUCAUUGUAAAUCACAGCCAGCGCCGGCCAUUUGAUCUGAACAAAUGUUUUCUCAAGAUAUCAGAGGAAGGAGCAGACAGCCAGAAACCACUCGGCUCCAGUACGUGUUUCAAUGUAAUAAAUCACAAUAAACUUUGGAAACGGUCAGCAAACGAUGUAUGAUGUUUUAUUCUGGAUUCACUUUAUUCUAGCAUUUAAAAUGUUGUAAACAUGUCAUAUUUUGUUUAUACAAGAGUAUCCUUUUAUUAUUAAAUUUACACUAAAUAUCAAACCAAAAAUAAAAUAACUGUGAGAUGCUGUAACACAUUAUUGUACUUUGUUCUUAUAGCUGAAUUAUAUCUGAGUCUCACAGCUGGUGCAGAACGUCUGCUUAGUUUUGUCAUUACUAAUGAUGAUUUCCUUUCUCAAAGCUCUUUCUUCACAGUUACUUUCUUAUAAAUCGUAUUUAUGCUGUGGUUGUUACUGUGUUUGGUUUUCCAGUAGAAUUCAACUGGAAAAUUACCAAUCAAAAUGGACUUCUUUCUUUCUUUCUUUCUUUCUUUCUUUCUUUCUUUCUUUCUUUCUUUCUUUCUUUCUUUCUUUCUUUCUUCUGCUCUCUCUGUCAUGCCAUGAAGGGCAUUAGGACAAGUCUAAGCUCUGGUUGCAUCAGUAGUAAAACUACUGGUAUUACAGUCCAUUAGCAGUCAAAUGUAUUCCGCAUUAGUGGGAAACAGCACCUGGAACAUUUCUGACAGCUGUGAUGAUGACUUGACUGUGUCUCUCUGCUCUCCUGAAAUAUUUGUAUAUAUUAUAUAAACCAAAUCAGUUAUUUUGUGGCAGAUUUACAAAUGGAUCAUAUGAUUCUAACAUCUCUAUCUGAGCUCACUGCUUCUGAGCAUCACAUGGAGGUGGAGCUUCUCCCAGCAUGCACUGGGCCAGACAAGGAAUCACCCUAUGGAGGCCUGCAGUCUGUGCAGAGCUUCAUUUCUAUACUGUAUUUGACCUUCAGAUACUGCAACAAACAUUGAUUAUUGUGGUGAAUAACCGUUUAUGAAUGCAGCCAUUAUUGGUAGGAUUUUAUUGGAUAGUUCUACGUAUAAAGUAUCAGUCACACUAAUGAAGUUGGAUAAUAGCAAUGAACUGGACAAUUCAAAUAAGGCUUUUAAUGUAGCAUUUUAUUUCUCCAUCAUCUUUGUGUGAGACUGACAGGUAUGAGCAACACUUAGUCCCUGACAACGACUGCAUCCGUCAGCUAUAUGUCCACCCAAUCAGAGACAACCUGUCAUCCUGUUUGCAUGGCUUUGCAUUGAUUUGUUUGACAGAUGACAAGCAGCUGCACAAUUUGCAUCCAGGCUGAGUUGCCUUGGAGAAAGAUCCUUCUUUGACCAAGUCCUCAUCAGUGACGUCCCAUCAUUCUAAGCAGCAGCACACUUCAUUCUAUAUUUGUGCUCCUUCUCAGAAUCAAUCAAACAUUUCACAUUCAAACCUAUAACCUUUUAAAGUAGUUCUAACUCAUUUUAAGCAACAUUAUUCUAAAAAUAUCAGUGUUAGAAUGAUGUAACUGUGUGAAAGAGGUUGCUUCAAACAAGUGAUUCCUGUCAGAUAUCUGUCUACAGAGAAUUAUCACUUUAAUCUGCAGCUCUGGUCAGCUUUACUGAACUUUAUACAGCAUGUUUAAGCUCACUGAUUCACUUUCUGGUUGACAGCUCGACUGUUUUGAUUCACUCUUAUCACUCUUGCCAUUUUGGCUGCAGCAGGAUUUGCUUUGUUAAAGUUCCACUAAAUAAAAGACAGACAUAGUUAGCAACUAGCUGGUGAGCAUAGUGGAGCAUUUAGCCGCUAAGGAGACACGUAUGUUCCUCAGGAGUUGAUAGAAACCUCAUCUCACACACCAGCGCUGUGUUAAUGCUGGAGAAUAGUGUGACUGCACCUCAUUAUCAUUCUGCUGUCAGAGGAAAGAAACACUGGAUAAUUCAUAUUAGUCUAAAGAAGUCACAAUCAUAUUGGGUGAUGCUAAACUCAGGACAGCUGCUCUGAAAAUGAUUGUAUUUUAUGAUCAAAUGUUCUUUUUCAUUGUAAUACUAUGUAACUGUGGUGUGUAACUCAGAUGAAGCUGUGCUCAGUAAUUUUCCAUGAAGCACUGUAAAAAGGAACCAAGGCCUAACCAGCAGUGAACUAGAGUUAACACAUACCGAGAUGUGAGCCUCAUGCUAAUGUGCCUGUAUAAAAGCUACGCUGUUUCUCACCUUUGUCAGUCACUUGCUCAGACUGUGUUUUGUGCAUGCUGAUUCCUUGCGCAAUUAAAACUUUAACUUGA